AUGAACGCUCCCGACCGUUUCGAGCUUUUCAUCCUUAACGAUGGAGAGAAGAAAAUCACUGAGAAGCCGUUCGCAGGCAUGUCUAAUACUUCGGACUUCAUCAUCCUGAAGGAAGACCAUACCAUUGGCAACCUACUUGCCGAGCACUUCAAGCAGCAUCCCCACGCGAUGAUGGCUGGCUACAAAGUUGCCCAUCCGAAUGUACCCGAGGUCCUGAUUCGCCUUCAGACCGACGGUACUAUCACUCCCCGUGAGUUGUUCAUCGAGGUAUGCAAGCAGCUUGUCGCCUCUCUUGGACAGCUAGCGCAGAAUUUCACCCGAGAGUACGAGCUUCGCCGUAUGGCCGGUGCUGGAGAUGACCACACCUCUGGCGGUGGUGCCAACAGCAAAUAA